GUGUUGUAUAUACAACUAACAAAACGCGAGGAUGAGAAAAAAAUAGGGGACGCCAGCGAACUUUCUACAGAGAGAACUGAGAUCUCUAGAGAGAGAGAGAGAGAGCGUACUCUCCCUUUGGAGUCUCCAACUUCCUUUGUUUCUGAUCCGCCCAGGAACUUAUAGCAAUCACCAUCGACCCACUUUUCGCAAUGAGUUUUGGUGGUUCUUCUAUGGGUUCAGGCAGUAGAACUUUUAAAAGAUCAUUUGAGUUUGGAAAAACCUAUGUGGUCAGGCCCAAAGGCAAACACCAGGCCACUAUGGUCUGGCUACAUGGCCUCGGUGAUAAUGGUGCAAGCUGGUCCCAACUCUUGGAGACUCUUCCUCUUCCAAAUAUUAAAUGGAUCUGCCCAACUGCUCCUUCUCAACCAAUAACAUUAUUUGGUGGUUUUCCCUCAACUGCUUGGUUUGAUGUAAAGGACCUUUCGGAAAAUGCUCAUGAUGAUUUGGAGGGUUUGGAUGCUUCAGCAGCACAUGUUGCAAGUUUGUUAUCAACGGAGCCCGCUGACAUUAAGCUUGGUGUUGGAGGAUUCAGUAUGGGUGCAGCAACCUCCCUUUACUCUGCAACUUGCUUUGCUCUAGGAAAAUAUGGGAAUGACAAUCCAUACCCUGCGAAAUUAAGUGCAGUUGUGGGAUUAAGCGGCUGGCUUCCAUGCUCAAAGAACUUGACUAAGAAGAUUGCGGAGGUAGACGAGGCUGCAAGGCGUGCUGCAUCCUUGCCCAUUAUGCUUUGUCAUGGUAAAGUUGAUGAUGUGGUUCCUUAUAAAUUUGGGGAGAAAUCAUCACAGGCUUUGGGUUCAUCAGGAUUUCAAGAUGUGGUGUUCAGAUCCUACACUGGGCUUGGCCACUUCACAAAUCCUGAAGAGAUGGAUGAGGUAUGCAGUUGGCUAACAUCAAAGUUGGGGCUUGAAGGGCAUUCAUAAUUUGGUGCAAUGCAAAAUUAAAAUUAUAUUGUGAGGUGAAGAGCAAGAAAAUUUGGACAGAAUUAUUUAUGAUGUGAAAGGUAUCUAAAGAUGGAUCUGGUUGUGAGAUUGAGAUAUAUGGUACAGUGACAUUAAUCUCUGCGGUCAAAUUAAUCCUGUGUUUGUACGUUUUCCAUGUUUGGUUUGAUGGCAUUAGAUGGAAUUGUUCUUAUGGAUCAUAUGAAUAUUAGUGGCACUCUGAAUUCUUUUAUUGGGAAUCCAAUGCAAGUGUGUCAACUGUUAGUUUGCA